AUGGCCGACGUCGAAAUGGACGUGGACGAGCCUGGCUCCCCCCAGGCCACCCAGGCCAAGGUUGGCGACAUGCAGACGCACGCAAAGGCUACCGCCGUACGAUCGAUCGAGGGCUGGAUCAUCAUGGUCACCAAUGUGCACGAGGAAGCUGAUGAGGAGGCCCUGCAAGACGUCUUUGCCGACUUUGGCGAGAUUAAGAACCUGCACCUCAACCUGGACCGCCGCAGCGGUUACGUCAAGGGCUAUGCUCUCAUCGAGUAUACCACUCUGGCCGAGGCACGCGCCGCCAUCGACGGAGCCCACGAGACCAAGCUCCUCGACCAGACCAUUUACGUCGACUUUGCCUUUGUGAGACCGCCACCCGGAAAGAAUAACAGAGGCCCGAGACAAUCUACCAGAGGCAGAGGUGGACGUAGCAGAAGCAGAAGCCCGGAAGCUGGCGGAAAAGACGACGAGGAUGUGCAGUGA